AUGUCUGCUAUCACUGAGCGUAUCAGCAUCUCCAUCCAGGGCACCGUCGAGGAGUUGAAGAUUCCUUUGAAGCCCUUCCUACAGGUUCUGAAGGAGCAGCCAGGUUAUAUCCGCACACGCUGGGGCCCUCAGUUUGAAGACAUGCAGAAACUGGAGCUUCUCCUUGACUGGGAAAGCAUCGAAGCUUGCGAGACAUUCAAAUCCUCGCCGCAGUUCGCCGAGAGGAUGGUCGAGAUGAAGCCACUCCUAGCCGGCGUCCCAACCAUAUACUACAUCAGCUUUGUGCCGUAUGCACUGGACGAUGUCAUCGACUCGGUUGUGGUGGAGGCCAUCACCUUUACUGACUGCAGCGCUGCAACAGGCGACACGAUACGGGUCAAGGUUGAGAAAGCUAGAGGGUUGUCGGGGUGUACUGACUUGGUUAGUGGCCUUGCGCAGGGCGACAACGCUGCAGGCAAUUUCGUGGCCAUGGUUGGGUGGGAGAGUUUAGAGAAGAGCAAGGAGGCUGAUAAGGGGUAUACAGAGGGGGCGGCGGACGUGCAUCAUGUCAACUAUAACUUCCCUGUCGAGGGGUUUCGGGGAUUGUGA